AUGCGUGUAGCUUCCUUUACAUUGCCUUUGGCAAGCGCCAUUGCCACGGUCGCGGCCAGGUCUAUUGGCGCGGGGUGUCAGGCGUUGAAGCAGCCCCUUGGAGACGCGGUGUUCUCCCGAGGCACCACUGUCUAUAACUACGAGUCCAGUAACUUCUGGUCAAACACUGAGAUUCUGUCUCCUGGGUGUGUGUUCCGUCCUCAGUCCGCUAGCCAAUUGGCCGAGGGGUUGGAGGCGCUUGUUGGUGCCAAUGCCGAGUUUGCUGUUCGUGGUGGCGGACACAUGGGCAUCCGAGGUUCCAACAACAUUAACGGAGGCGUGCUGGUCGUUAUGUCGAACUUGACCACCAUGGAACUGAACGAAGACAAGUCUAUUCUCUCGGUUGGUCCUGCUUACCGAUGGGCCGAUGUCUAUGCCUUCCUUGGCAAGUCUAAUCUGACGGCGGCAGGUGGUCGCCUUGGUCCUGUUGGUGUCCCCGGCCUUCUUCUUGCUGGUGGUGUCAACUUUUAUGGUAACCAGGUUGGCUUUGCCGCCGACACCGUCAUCAAUUACGAGGUCGUCCUUGGCGACGGUUCGAUCGUUGAGGCCAACAAGACUUCGAACUCCGAUCUCUUUUGGGCCUUGAAGGGUGGCAGCAGCAAUUUUGGUCUCGUCACUCGCUUUGACCUGCAGACCAUUAGAUCCUCCAAGGUUUGGGCUGGAACAUGGACCGUCGCGGCUGAAUAUAUCGACCGCUUCCUUGCUGCUACGGCUGAAUUUGCGUCCGACAUUUAUGACCCUAAGACUCACGUUGUUCCUGCCCUGGUGCCCGGUGACUCGACUCUGGCUUCGGUAAUCCUCUUCUACGACAGCGAGACCGAGAAUUACCCGGAGAUCCUCAAACCGUUCACCGACAUCCCCGCUAUCAGCAACACCAUGGGCUUCAAGACCGUGGCCGAGUUUGCAGCUGAGACUGGUGAGAUGGUUGUUGAUGGUAUCAACGAUGUCUUCGUCGCCGGAACCGUCAAGGGCACCACCUACAAGGAGCUCCACCAAGGAAUCAGUAUUAUCAACACCACCUUCUUCAACCAGCUGCCCAAGCUGUAUAAGCAGAUCCCCUCCGCCAACAUCUCGACGAUCCAGCUGGACUGGCAACCCAUCGGGGCUGACUGGAUGAAAGCCUCUGAGCAAGCAGGUGGUAAUGCUUUGGGUCUGAACUCCUCGAAGGUGUACCUCUGCUACGCCGAGGUCGUCGAGUGGAUCGGUUCUGCCUACGACGGCAUCGUUGCUGAUUGGAUUGAGGAGACCACUUACGCGAUCAACAACGCGACUCUGAAGGCCGGCCUCUAUGACAAGUUCAACUACAUGGGUGACUCGGCUGGCUUUCAAUCUAUCUUCCCCGGCUACGGCGAGAAGAAUCACCAGAAGUUGAUCUCUAUUGCUCAGAAGUACGACCCUCAUGGUGUCUUCCAGACCUUGAUGCCCGGUGGCUUUAAGGUUUAUUAA